UGCCAUUCAGAAUCACAACCGCGGACGUGGAUCCGCAAGACUUAUAAAGAGCGCGGUUGCCGCCGGAUGUGAGGUGGGACACCCCAUCUACAGCAGUUCUCCAAGCUCAAAUACCUCCCGAGCCAGGACUAGCAAAGCGAACCCGAUCAUUCCCCUUCAACCAACAUCACGCAACACCACACGUCAUCCACACUUUGACGCGGCAUCAGAGCACGUCAUGGCACUCCCAGAGCGGGCAGACACCAUGACUGGCGAGACAAGAGUCCAGCAAGGGCAAGCUCCGGCGCAAAAGGCGCAAUCGUCUGAUGUAGAUCUCGAGAAGCAGACCCCAGGCGCUUCGGAAGAGUCUGGUGAGCAUUCCUCUCCGAAUGGCGAUCCCACUACAGCGCCGCAAGGUCCGAUCGAAAGGGAAGAGGCGAUGAAGAAUGCGUAUCAGUACCCUUCCAAAGUCGUCGUCGAAGCUAUGGGCUCAGACGAGACGCAGGGCUUGAGCGAAAAGGAAGUAAAAAAUCGAGCGGAACAGUAUGGACCCAACCAGCUCGAAGGCGGAGACGAGAUUAGCAAGCUCAAAAUUCUCAUCCACCAGGUGGCCAACGCGAUGACGCUGGUCCUUGUGCUUGCCAUGGCUGUAUCCUUUGGUAUCAGAAGUUGGAUCGAAGGCGGUGUUCUGGCUGGUGUUGUCGCAAUCAACGUCUUUGUUGGGUUCUUCCAAGAGUUGAGCGCCGAAAAGACGAUGGGAGCCCUUCGCAACUUGGCUUCGCCUACUGCCAGAGUCAUUCGAGGCGGACACAGCUCCAUCAUUGCUGCCGGCGAAGUUGUGCCUGGCGAUUUGCUCGAGCUUGUCACUGGCGACACUGUUCCUGCGGACAUUCGCCUCAUCGAGGCCAUGAAUUUUGAAGCGGACGAGGCACUCCUGACUGGAGAAUCCCUUCCGGUUGCCAAGGAUGCUUCGUUGGCCUACGGUCGCAAAGACGGGGGCGAAGUUGACGUUGGCGUGGGUGACAGACUCAACAUGGCUUUCACUUCGAGCAACGUUACCAAAGGUCGCGCAGUCGGCGUCGUGAUUGGCAUCGGCAUGCAGACGGAAAUCGGCGCAAUCGCAGAGGCACUGCGAGGCGCAGACAAGGACCAAAAGAUUCGCGACGUGAAGCGCAACGCACAAGGCAAAGCUGGUCCUCACCGCUACGUGCAAGCUGGUGCCUUGACGAUUUGGGACAAGCUUGCGGGCUUCCUGGGUCUCACCAAGGGCACACCGCUCCAGAAGAAAUUGUCGCUUCUCGCCAUCUUCCUAUUCUUUCUGGCCGUCAUUGCAUCCAUUAUCGUGUUCCUUGGCAACUUGAACGGUGAAUCAUCUCCUUGGGGAUCUCAGGAAGUCGGUAUCUACGCCGUCGCUACUGGAACGUCCCUCAUUCCCGCAAGUCUGACCGCUGUUCUCACCAUUACCAUGUCGAUGGGCUCGCGAGCAAUGGUCAAGCGUCACGUCAUCGUUCGCAAGCUCGAGUCGCUCGAGGCCCUUGGCGGCGUCACCGACAUUUGCUCCGACAAGACCGGCACGCUGACACAGGGCAAGAUGGUUGUUCGAAAGGCCUGGGUCCCCGCCACCGGCACCUACACUGUCGAGGAGACCAAUGAGCCAUUCAACCCUACUCUCGGUAACGUCACACGCGGCGAAAAGGAGCCCCGCGACACCCCCAAGGACAAGUACGGCCGACCGCUUGCUGAUCAAGACGACGAGGGCGAGGUGGUCACAGAUGGCAGCGCUGGUUCGAGCAAGGUCAAGGACAAUGAGAACUUUGUCAAUUUCCUCAACGUAUCUUCGCUCUGCAACUUGGCGAAGGUGUUCAAGGAAAAGGAGUCGGGCGAUUGGACAGCUCACGGUGAUCCAACUGAGUGCGCUAUCCAGACCUGGGCGUGCCGCUUCGGUUGGGCUCGUCAGGGUUUGACGAAUACGCAAAAGUCGGACGAUGGAGCAAACGAUGAGACUGCAGAAGUGCCAGAUGACGAAAAAAAGGAGGCUGUCAAGGAGCAGAACAGAGAUGUUCCCUGGAAGCAGAUCUCCGAGUAUCCCUUCGACAGUUCCCUCAAGCGCAUGGCGGUCACGUUUCACCACAACAAGACUGGCGACAACUUUGCCUUCAUGAAGGGCGCUGUAGAGCGCGUCUUGGAUGCCUGCACUCACGCUCAAAUGGCAGACGGAAGGACCGAGCUGACGGACGAGAUUCAAGAACAAACUCUGGCCAAUAUGGAGUCGCUCGCAGCCCAAGGCCUUCGAGUGCUCGCGCUCGCUCAACGACCGCUGGAGAAAAGCGAAGCGAGCCAAGGUGCGGAUCUCGAGCGUGACCACGUCGAAAAGAACAUGACUUUCCUGGGACUUGUCGGUCUUUACGAUCCUCCCCGCCCCGAAUCUGCACCGGCUGUCAAGCUCUGCAAGACUGCUGGAAUCGUCGUCCGCAUGGCAACCGGCGAUCACCCUGGAACAGCAAAGGCAAUUGCAAUCGACAUUGGCAUCGUGCCCAAGCACACGCAAAACUACUCGAAGCGUCAGCUCGACUGCAUGGUCAUGACCGCUUCGCAAUUUGACAAGCUCUCGGACGAGCAGAUUGACGAUCUUCCCGACCUGCCACUCGUCGUCGCGAGAUGCUCGCCGCAGACCAAGGUGCGACUCAUCAAUGCACUGCACAGACGAGGACGCUACUGUGCCAUGACUGGUGACGGAGUCAACGACUCUCCCUCGCUCAAAAUUGCAGAUGUCGGGAUCGCUAUGGGCCAAGCAGGGUCUGACGUCGCCAAGGAUGCAUCCGACAUUGUGCUCACGGACGACAACUUUGCCUCCAUUCCCAAUGCGAUCGAAGAAGGACGUCGCAUGGCUGACAACAUCAAGCGCUUCGUGCUGCACCUGCUCGCUCAGAAUAUCGCUCAAGCUUGCGUGCUUCUCAUCGGCUUGGCAUUCAAGGAUGCCAGUGGCUUCUCGGUCUUUCCGCUUUCGCCCAUCGAAGUUAUCUGGAUCAUCCUCGUUACCUCUGGUCUUCCAGCCAUGGGUCUGGGUCUGCAGCAAGCCGAGACGGACGUCAUGAGACGUCCUCCCGACGAUCUCAAGUGGGGUCUCUUUAACCCCGAACUCAUGAUCGAUACUGUCGUCUACGGCUUUUGGAUCGCAGCACUCUGCCUCGCCGUCUUCACGCUAUCCUUCUUUGGCUUUGGCACAUCCGUCUACGGCUUCGAGUGCAAUCGUUCGCUCACUUACGACUCGAGCUGCGAGGACGUCUAUCGAUCUCGUGGAGCGACGUUUGCCUUUCUCACUUGGGCGUCCGUCAUUCUCGCUUGGGAAGUUGUCUCCAUGAGACGUUCUUUCUUCCGCAUGGGCAAGGGUCACUCUCUCUGGACGCAGUGGUUCCACGACACGUGGCGCAACAAGGUCCUCUUUUUCUCCGUCGUCUUUGCAUUCUUUACCAUCUUUCCCAUCCUCUACAUUCCCGGGCUCAACACGCUCAUAUUCCUUCAUCAAGGUCUCAGCUGGGAAUGGGCCAUCGUCAUUGUGGCCACCAUUCUGCUCGUCUUUGGUCUAGAGGCAUGGAAGAUGGGCAAGAGAUGGUGGUUCAAGAGGGUGCAGGUCGAAAGAGACACGGUCGCAGAGAGUGAGGCUGCCGCAAAGCUGGACAUGACCCCUGCACCUACCCUCGAAGCGCUCUCCAACCCCAUCAGACGCAAGAUGAGCGAUGGCAGUCCAGCCUGAUAGAAUCAAAACACUAGUAUACAUGCAUAGAAUGCUUCAUAGACGCGAGGAAAAGAGAUGUUCGUAUCUUGUACUAUACCCCGCUGAUGUCUCCCAACGAUCGGAGACGGAAUGCCACCUUAUUGAUUCGAAACGUUU